UUUUUUUUAAUCUCAUAUUUCUUGCUUGGUGAUAAAAAAUAAUAUGCUGUAUUCAUUAUAUUUAUGUCUCAUUUCUUUUUUACGUGUGGGUGAACAGCAAUGCCAUCCCCGCCCAUAUACGGAGAUUAGAGACAAUUCCUUGGUCUAAUUGCAUUUCACCGUUGUCUAGCUAGAGGGGGUAAUCGGGCUUUCACGUUUUCGGCGCGCUUUUGACACGACCUCGCUGUGAAACGAGAGAACCGGGUGGGAGGAAGGGAAGCGGCUGUUCAGUAACCCGGGCUGGUACCCCUGGCUACUAGCAGGGAUUAGCAACCGUUGCCGCUGACAGCUCGCGAAACAAGCGCACGGUUAACGUCUGGUCGCGAGGCCCCGUCGUUGAGGUAAAAUACCAGAAGGUGUGGAGUAAUGAGAGAGGAGGAGUGAAGGAGGCAGGUGUCCCAGUAGAACAUUGGCAAGCAUGCUGGAGGCGGAUGCAGACCUAGCAGGUCAAGCGGUGGAGGGAGAAGGGGAGGCAGAGAUGGGAAGCCGAGACUGGAAGUCUGAGGUGGUGCGGCUGACUCUGGAGCUCCAGGAGGCCACAGAGGAGAAGCUGCAGGCAGCCCGCUAUGGCCUGGUGGUGCUGGAGGAAAGUGCUGCUCUCAAGAAGAAACACAGGCAGCUGGAAGAGGAGCAUGAAGCACUGAAAACGGAGCUACAGCAGCUGAAAGAGGCAUUUGCAGAUACUGUGAGCAGCCAGAAGCGUGCAGCUGCUGAUGGAGAGUGUCGGGAGGAGAGCUUGCUACAGGAGACGGCCUCUAAGGAGGCUGCCAUGGCAACCCGCAUGGAGGAAGUCCAGGCAGAUCUCAAGCAAGCACGCCUUGCCCUGGGCAAUGCCCACGCUGAGAUCGAGAGAUUGGGGGUUUUCUCCAACCAGAUGAAGAAGGAGUGUGAGUGUCUGGAGGCUGAAAAGGGCCAUCUGAGGGAUGAGAUGAAGGAAUAUAAAAUACGUGAGCAGCGCCAGUUGCAGGACAAUGCGGAGCUGGAAGAUGAGAACAUAUCUCUGCAAAAACAGGUUUCUGUGCUCAAGGAAAACCAGGUUGAGUUUGAAUCAAUAAAGCUGGAGCUGACCCAGAAGAACGACGAGCAGGAGGAGAUGCGAGCUCAGCUGGACGAGGCCGCGAGGCUGAGAGAGAUAGCAGAGAAGCAGCUGGAUGAGGCCCUAGAAGCCCUGAAGGAGGAGAGGGAGCAGAAGAACAGUCUGCGGCGAGAACUCUCUGCCCUCAGCCUUAACCCCUUUGAUUCUGUGGGGAACCUGGAGCUCCAUUUGGAGCAGCUAGAUGACAGCCAGGAGGAGGGCCAGGGGGUGGAGGGAGAAGGUGAGGGAGAGGACCAGGACAGUGGCAUUAAUAAUGGUCCUGGGUCUGCUCCCGAUUCUGCUCACCCUCCUCGCUUGGGGGGCUCCAAAAGUAAUGGCCUCAUCCGUCGCUACUCCACUCCACGCAAUAGUGAUGUAUUCCUGCGUGCUCCAGCCUCUGGGCUGGUGUCAGACCUGCUGAGUGAGCUACACUUUUCAGACAGUCAGAAACUGAAACAGCAACUCCUACAGGCAGAACGAGAGAAAACUAGUCUUGUUAACAAGGUGGAGGAACUGCAGAUGCAGUUGGUAAUGUCCAAACAGGCUCUCACUCAACAAGAGGACAAGGUUGGAUCCCUCACCCAACAGCUGGAAGCUGUGCACAGCAGCCGGCAGCACAACCAGGAGGCAGAAAACAAGGGAGAUGAUGAGACAGAGAAUGGAGAUGGUGUGGUCUUUGACUAUGAGGUAGACACCAAGAGCAAGGAGGUGCUGGAGGCACGCAUGCGGUCGGCCAGCGAAGAGCUUCUGAAGCUGCGAGAUGAAUUGUCUCAGGCAGGAUCUCGCUAUAACACACUAGAGCAGCGAUACAAACAGGAGAAGGAUCGCUGGCGGGCAGAGGCCCAGGAGCUGGCUGACAAGAUCCGCCAGUGCAUCAAGUCCAGCAAACAGGACCAGGAGCGCAUUAGUGAGCUGGAGAAGGAGAUUGGAGCCACAAGGAAAGUGGCAAUUGAUUCAGAAGGGCACUUAAGUGUUGCCCAGGAAGAGCUGCUGGCCUUUUCGGAGGAGCUGUCCAACCUCUACCACCACAUCUGCGUGUGCAACAACCUGACGCCUAAACGAGUCACCCUGGACUAUUACCGUGAUGGUGCCAGGGCAAGUGGUGGAGGUGGUGCACGAAGAUUUACCUUCAACAACGCCCAGAAGAAGCCGAGAGCCAAUGACAUGUUCGGCUCCAAAGCUUCAGCCUUGCAGUUUAUGGGGGAGGUGGACAGUGCAGGAACCAGUGGAGAGUCUCCUAACUGCCCUGGAUCCCCCACCCUGGAUUUCAGGGACCCCUCCAAUGUCCGCAACUUGGUAGCAGUCAUCCGUUGCCAGAUCAAACACCUCAGGGUGGCAGUGGACCUCUGUCGUCAGAGGGGCGCGAUGCCUUAUUCAGGGUUGAGCAGCAGCGUAGAGGCAGAGCGGGAUGCUGAAAGCCUCUUGGAAGAAGUGCUGAAGCUCAAGUCACUUCUCAGCACCAAGAGAGAACAGAUUGCUACCCUCAGGACCGUCCUCAAGGCUAAUAAACAGACUGCAGAGUUGGCCCUGUCCAAUUUGAAAACCAAGUAUGAGACAGAGAAGAGCAUGGUGUCAGAGACCAUGAUGAAACUGCGCAAUGAGCUCAAAGCCUUGAAGGAGGACGCUGCCACCUUCUCUUCACUCCGAGUCAUGUUUGCCAGCCGGUGUGACCAGUAUGUCACCCAGUUGGAUGAGAUGCAGAGGCAGCUGGCAGCAGCUGAGGAUGAGAAGAAGACACUGAAUUCUCUGCUGCGUAUGGCGAUACAGCAGAAACUGGCCCUCACUCAGCGUUUGGAAGACCUGGAGGCCCCUCUGUCUCCCCACAGCUUGAACAGCAGCCCCCGCCGCUCCCGGGCCAAAGAGCUGGCCAACAAGUCAGGCCGGGCUCCACGGAGCCCCAGAAGCAGUCCCGCCCGACCCACACUGAGGAGCAGUCCACGGGCUAGCCCGGUUCUCGGCAGCAGCGUUCCUGCUAUGGCCACGCACCACCUCCGAAGUCUAACCCGAAGCCUCCACACGAGCCCUCGCUGAAACACUCCAUUACUCCAAACCCCCUUUACUCCAUACGGACCUGUCUUCAUGUUGACUCCCCGGCUCCCUCCUCUUUUCCUGACUCAAGACAUCUUGUCCAUCCCAGAUAUGAUGCAACAUUCCCCACUCUGCCCACCAGAACCAUGGAUUUAAAAAAAAAAAAAUACAAAAAAAAAAAAGAUGAUAAGAAAAGUCUCUCAUCCUGGUUUCUCCUGCUUGGAGUAGAGAAACCUGCAUGCAGCCUGGAGAAAGGAUGAAGAGACAAAUGUGCUGCUCAUUGCUCUGUGAAGUCAUUGACUGAUUGUCUUGUCUCAAGUGGAUCCAACUUCCAUCUGGUCUUGUUCAAGGCUGUGUGUCGUGAUGAACCAUUGACAGUAUUUAUUCCAGAACGAGAGUCUCUUCAUGUGCAGUACUCACUGUCCUCAGACUUUGAUUGAAGGCUAUGAUCUGUUUUAAGGCUUUACGUCUCUACACUCCUUCUUGCCUUUUGUCUGGCAUCCUGGUCAGACCUGUCUGGCGUCUUUAAAUGUCCAUAAGCCAUUAGAUCACCUGUGAUAGCUCUCCCAGGUAGUUGUUUUUAUAGAACAAUGCAGCCUUACUAACAGAAUUGCUAUCCUUCAAGUAGAGAGCUUGCUAUUGUCUUGAGGCUUCUCCCUUUUGCUGAUGAUUCAGUAACACACCCCUUUUUUCUAUCCUGUAACAUGUCCGGCUCCUCGGCUCUUGCCUCUUAGCCACACCCUUUAACUUGAGGUCCGUAAUCAUGGCAUUUCAUCGAUGGAAACAGAUCAGCCAUAAGUUCACCACCUCAGGUCAGACACUGAGUAAUCUAAAAUUUGGGAGAUCUUUAAUGUGCAUCUUACUUUGCAAACUAUGCAGACCAAGUCAGGACAGUGCCUGUUAUAAUUCCUGCUGUUCUUUAGGAUCCAGGUGGGUUUUUAAACUUACCUUCACUUUCAGUUAACAGUGGCUGGCUGCAGCUGCAUUUGCAACAGCAUUUUAAUAUUUCUCACAAUAAGCAGCUUUUGGAAGUCAUCUGGUGGUUAGCAUCCCAUUGGCUAAGCUGUGUACACUGUGGGUUUUAAUAGACACUGUCUCACAUCACUUAGGAAUUCAAGUGGCUUGGUUGACCUAAAUCUGACAUGAUCAUGCUCAUUUCUCUUGAUUACAUAAUAAUCAUAAUAGUCAUCAUAACCGUUCCAUUCAGCUUCUGCUUUUUCUCACUGCUUUGACCAGCUGAGCAACGAUACUGGUGUUUUUAAUUUCACCAUUUAAUGUCACCGCGCUUUCGUUUGCUACCAAAGUGAACAUGUUGUAAUGAACUAGUAUUAUCUACAACAAGCUAGUUUUCCUCUUAGUUAGGAAUACUAAUGCCGUUAACAGGUGGCUGAAAAUAGCUGCGGCUUGUAGAACAAUUUAUUUAAUAAUUAUGUUGGCCCACAAUGAGAAAAGCGUUACACAGUGCUCUACAUCUGAUAGAACAUGAUGACUUAAAAAAAGAAUAAAUACAUUUCUGCAAAACGAAAUCCUCCCAAUCUGUUGACAUCCCACCGUAGGUUGCUUAAAGAGUAGAUAAGGCAGUAGAUUGAUAUUUGCAUCUGUCUCAUUGAAUGCAGUAUGAAUUUAAAAUGAGUUGACCUGAUGAGACCAAUCACAAUCUUUUAAUCCGCAUUUGGAAAACGGCUGCUUGAAAAAUGAGAACCGAAUGCGAGAAAUUGUUGGCAUUGAUUUUAUUUUUUUCUAAGCUCAACUGUCCUGUGGUUUAGUAGAAGACGCCACAUCCUGCUGAUUUAUUUUUUUGUUUUGUUUUGUUUUAGUGCCUUGGUUUCACUCCUGUUUUUAGACUGCAUCACACAUUUCUAAAUAGAAGCUACUAUUCAACACUGUAGUUGUGAAGGUAUGUCUGACUUAUUAAUGAGGAAACUCAUUGAGCAGUUUUAGCACUGAAUACAGCGAUAUCUCAUUUUGGUCAAGUGUUUUCACUUUUUAGUCAGCAUGCCAGAAUGAACUCAUUAGCUGAUGAAUGACUUGAGAUUAGCUUCCCCGGGAUCGAUGGUUACUGUCUGUAGAGUUACUUGGGAGAACUGUUACCCUGAGAAAAGAAAAAUGAAGGAAAUGAAGAGCAUAAUGUAUCAAAAACAUUAUAGACUUAAUGUUACAAACAGGUUUAGAAGUUGUUAAUGCCAGUUUUUUUUUUUUGUUUGUUUGUUUUUUUGUUUUCUUUUUACCUCCAGGGAUUUUGGUUUAAUCAUGAACUCGGCUAAAAAGUGAAAACGCUUUAACAUCAUGUCUUAUUGCUCUGAAGGUUGUAAAUGGAUUUCUUAAUCUAUUUAAUUGACUCUGUGCAGAUGUGUGUUUUAAUUUAAUUACCACUGUUGUAUAAUAUUUUAACUGUAUUUAUGUGGUCGGCAUUCUGUGUAAAUUGUUUCUUGAGGAUGACAUCACACACACUCCGCAUAAGGCAUUUGAAGGUCCUCAACUUUUUAUGUGUAUGCAAGUUCCUCUCAUUGACCUGUGAACCACUUUUGUCAUGAAGAAUAAAAACAAGCCAACACUGUA